UUACCUUCACGUAUCUUGGGUUGUCUUCUAGGCGACCCAACCAACGUUGUCACCCUGGCUACUCAGACUCUCCCCGCUAUUCGGGCCCCUCUCCCUCAUUAUCCACGACGUUUUCAGAACUCGUUAACUCCGCCGUACCACAACGACCCAAAGCCCGACGGCCCAUGGUCGGGUCAGGGCGGCCAAGGGGGCUCUGACGAUAUCUAUUCCAUGUCAAACCCACCGGCAGGAGAAACUCGUUCAGAACGAACAACCCCACAAAUGUCGCCCAUCCAGUCUUAUCCUCCAAUGCAGCCUCCUUACAGGAGUCCGCGAGAAGCUCCGGCAAACCCUCCCGUUUCCCUGCCACCUCUUCGCCAUCUUUCCAGGACACCACCUACGCCCUCGGAUCGAAGAUAUGGAAACCCUUUCGGAGUCCACUCUAUUCUCAACCCCCAAGCCGAGUUGGUGGAGCAGCAACGGAGUCUGAAGCGUAGCAACUCCCAAAUGGAUUCUCCAUCACCUGUUGAUACACAAAAUUCCCAAAGUCUGCCUUCCAUCAGCCGACCCAAUAGUGUGGAUUCCACUCAAUCCACGCAGGAGGGACAACAGCAUGCGAGGCCAUUCCAACCCCCAGGACGACCUUCGAUCCGACCUCCAUAUCCCGAGAAAUCGAUCAGGAAUCAUAACCUGGGCAGGUUGAAUCCACCCACAGGCACAAUCGAUGCUCAGCAAUCGCCUUUUCUAACGGCAAGUACACGUCCCACGGAAUCAAUGACUAUCCAGCCGGCUUUACCUACACCUCCUGCCGGCGGCCGCCCUCAUUAUUUCCCUGCUACGGCUCCUACUCCCCCACCGAACAUGAUGCGUACAGAGAUCCGCCGACCGAGCGUCAACUUUCCUCAAUCUGGUAGUGCUAGUCCCAUUGCACAGUAUUCACCUUACAGUCAGCCAGCUUCUGUUGCAUCGAGCCAAUACGACAACCACAGUACCCAAGGACAAUACGGCCAGAUGCGUAGACACACCCCAGUGCACGAUUCUCGACAGGGAUCUGCAUCCAUGGAGAGUGAACGCAACAGCAUGAUAGCCAUGGCCCCAUCCAACCAGAGCAGUGUUCAGCUCAUGACGAUUCAGAGCCAGGACGGGUCCCUGCACAACAUUCAGGUGGAAACACAAACUGCAUCCAAGGGCGCCGAUGAAAAGAGGAGGCGUAAUGCUGGCGCAUCAGCACGUUUCCGUGCCAGAAGGAAGGAAAAGGAGCGUGAAGCUUCCAUGAGCAUAUCGAGAUUGGAACAGAGCGUUCGCGAUUCAAAUGAGGAUGCCGAGUAUUACCGUUCUGAGAGGGAUUACUGGAGAUCGAUUGCUAUGCAAGCUCAUCCAGAGCGUCACAUCACCCGACCGCCGUCGCCUCGGCUAAGGCGUGUCUCGGUAGCACCGUCACGCGCACCAUCUUCUACAACCGGACACGGCUCAGAAGCUUCCUAUGACGACUACGAGGAGGAACUUCGAGAGGAAGAGCGCAACGUCCGAAGGAGAACCAGCAGUUACCAUCCAGCUCUUGGUCCCCACCACACCGAGGCGCCUGUUUCCAGUCACGACUCAAAUGGUUAUCCUGCAUCUACCUUUGCACCAGUAAACCACUCUUCUGCACAACAUACUACCCAGUCUCAUCAAUAUCCACAGCACCAACAGGCGCAAACCGCAGGCCCUCAGCAUCCUGCGUCUAAACAACCUGCUUAUCGCGACUCCUUCCCUCCUGAGGCUCGUCGCUACGAACACCGCGCUUGA